GUGAGCCAGGUCAUUGUAUUACUCUUCUUCAUCUAUGGUCAACACGACAGGCGCUCCGGUUUGUUGUGUGUGCAGUGAAAGUAGCGGUACCGGAGUUUCUGCAUCAAAUUACUGCUUUUCCAGCGUUUCAGACAAGCACUUUACGCAGAGGGAUCCAAAGGACAGUUGGCGAGUAUGACGUCUCUGGGGGGAAGCGGUUCAGCCACAGAAUAUACAGUUCGGGUGCCAAAAAACACCAGUAAGAAGUACAGCAUCAUGGCUUUUAAUGCUGGGGAUAAGGUGAACUGCUCAGCCUGGACCCAGGCCCGCAUGGAGCGUGACAUGAGCAACAGGCGCAUGUACGCCGAGGAGGAGACCCAGGAUGGGGCGGCCGGCAGCGAGUUUGGCAAGAAGCAGAGGGAGGAGGCGCGCAGGAAGAAGUACGGCAUCGUGACACGGGAGUUCAAACUGGAGGAUCAACCCUGGAUCCUCAAGGUCAACGGGAAAGCAGGCAAAAGGUUUAAAGGGCAGAAGAAAGGCGGGGUGACUGAGAACGCCUCCUACUACAUCUUCACACAGUGUCCUGACGGGGCCUUUGAGGCCUUCCCCGUGCACGGCUGGUACAACUUCACCCCCCAGGCCAAGCACCGCACGCUAACGGCUGAGGAGGCCGAGGAAGAGUGGGGCAGGAGAAACAAGGUGGUGAACCACUUCAGCAUCAUGCUACAGCGUCGCCUGCGGGAGCAGGGGGGCGGGGGCGACGACGACGACGAGGAGGAGGGCGAGAAGGGCGGCAAGAAGAAGAAGAAGGGCGGCCGGGGCGGUGGGAACGACCUCCGCAUCCACAACCUAGAGGACGACCUGGAGAUGAGCAGCGACGAGAGCGGCAGCAGCGGAGGAGAAGAUGGAGAGAGCAAGCCAAAAACUAAGAAAAGCAAGGGAAAAGGAAAGAAGACCAAGGACAAACGCAACCACAGUGAAGAAAGUGAUGAUGGUGACUUUGAAGGGUUAGAAGUUGACUACAUAUCAGAUGAAACCAGUUCAGAAGAGGAGGAAAUGGAGAAGGCCAAACCCAACAAAGGGGAAGAGAACGUCCCUAAAGGUAUUGACGAGAUGUCUGAGAGUGAGGAGGAAGAAAGCGAGGAGGAGAAACCGAACGAAGAGGAGAACAAAGAAGAGGAAGAGGAGGAGGAAGGAGGGAAGAAGACGCCUGUGCACAUGGAGAAGAAGAAGAAGCCCAAAGACAGCAGCGGUGAAUCGGAAAGCUCGGAUGAGAGUGACAUCGAGGGAGAGGCCAACUCAGCACUAUUCAUGAAAAAGCGCACCCCGCCCAAACGCGGCGGGGGCCGCGGCUCAGCGGGAAGCUCAAGGACGGGCAGCCGGCCCGGCACGCCCUCCAUCGACCCUGGAGCCACCUCCAGCACACUGCGGGCCGCCGCCACCAAGCUGGAGCAAGGUAAACGUCAAACACCACCCGCCAGCUCAGACACUCCAGCUGCCAAGAGGCUGAAGAUGGACCCCAACCCCCAGAGCCCGUCAGGAAAGAGCACACCACAGCCCUCGUCUGGGAAGUCCACGCCCAGUGCCAGCAGUGAUGUGCAGUUGACGGAAGACGCAGUGCGGCGGUACCUGAUCCGCAAGCCCAUGACCACCAAGGACCUGCUCAAGAAGUUCCAGACGAAACGCACGGGGCUCAGCAGCGAACAGACAGUCAACGUGCUGGCCCAGAUCCUCAAGAAGCUUAACCCUGAGAGGAAGAACAUCAACGACAAGAUGCACUUCUCCCUAACUGAGUGAGGACUUUGGGUUUGGAUGGGGUUGUCCAAUCCUGAGGCAAUGUAGAGCCGUAAAACACGGGAGAUAGCGGUAGUUGUUUGAGGAUUUAUAAAACACAGAACGGACUUUUGAUUGAACAGGUGUGAGUUGAAGACAUCACUGGAACUUGGUGUCCUGUCUCUGUUGCCAUGGAGAUGGAACCCCCAUCAGGAGGGGUUGGUAUUUCAGUUUGACAUCAUAAAUGAUGCAAGUAUUCAGCUUGAAUGAGCCUACGAUGACACAUUAUUCAUGAAGUUGAGUUUGUUUUCUAUUUGUGUACCUUUUUAAAGAAAUAAGUUGUGAGCCUGUGUGCCAUUCUGAAUAAAUAGUGUUGAUAAAUGCCAA